CAGUGACUCGCUCUAGACAUUGUGAAGCUUGAAAGCUCUUGCUGUUAUAAUUGCUGUCGUCUUGCUGGACUCCUUUCUUUCUCUGAAAACCUAUAUUUAAAACAAGAAUAAUGACUGCUUGUAAAAUCCUUUAGUUCUGCGAGAGAUUAGAGUAAUAACAAUGCACUGUUUGUGGCGUUGGGCAACAGCUAAAGCUCCGGUGAAGGUGGAUAACAGUGAGCCAGUCAUGCUGCGCAGGGUGAAAGGGCUGCUCUGUGUGGACCUAGCAGACUUGGAGAGGAUACCAGAGGAGCUGACCUUAGAUGCCUUACUAGAAAUGAAUGAGUCAAAGGUGAAAGAAACAAUGAAGAGAUGUGGUGCCAGAGAUGAGGAGUGCUCCCGGCUCAAUGGGGCACUGAGCUGCUUGCGGAAGGCAACUGAAUCAGGCGGGGAGCUGAGGGACGAUGUGCUGAUGAACCUCUCUGAGGCGCGCCGAGAGAACAGCUCCACCACCACCGAGUCCCCCGGCUCCGCUGCGCCCACAUGGACCCCCUCUGCACUGCACCCUCCCAAGGGCAACAGCCAGCAGCCACGCUCUGUGUCAGUCUCUACAAUCCCAGGUUCAGACCCUCUCGCCUGCAGUCACGGACCUUCUAUCUAUGCAGAAAACCUCCUGGACCCUUUUGCAUUCCCCGCACACAGUGGAAGGUUAACGCCAAGGACUCCUCACAGCAUCACCAUCACUCCUCCAACCACUCCUCAAACCAAGCGGCGGCACAAGCUAAAGCCACCACGGACUCCUCCUCCCCCUUGCAGGAAGGUUUUUCAGCUGCUACCUAACUUCCCAACCCUCACAAGGAGCAAGUCCCAUGAAUCCCAGCUGGGGAACAGGAUAGAUGAAGUUCCUCCAAUAAAGUUCGAACUCUCCCAAGGAUCCCCUCAAACGGUACGAAGAGACUUUGGCUUAGCUGUAACACACAGGUUCUCUACAAAGUCUUGGUUAUCUCAGAUUUGCCAAGUCUGUCAGAAGAGCAUGAUGUUCGGGGUGAAGUGUAAGUACUGCAGAUUAAAAUGUCACAACAAAUGUACUAAAGAGGCACCUGCCUGUAGAAUCUCCUUCCUUCCCAUAGCAAAAAUAAGAAGAACAGAGUCUGUCCCUUCUGAUAUCAAUAAUCCAGUAGACAGACCAACAGAGCCACAAUUUGGAACUCUUCCCAAAGCACUAACUAAAAAGGAGCAUCCACCAGCAAUAAACCAUCUGGACUCCAGCAGUAAUCCCUCUUCUACAACCUCAUCCACACCCUCUUCUCCAGCCCCUUUCCAGUCUUCCAACCCUCCCAGCGCAACACCUCCCCCAAACCCCUCUCCCAUGGGCCACAGGGAUGGACGCUUUAACUUCCCAGCUGCCUACUACAUUCAGCACAGACAACAAUUCAUCUUCCCAGAAAUUCCCAGUCCUGCCCAGACAGCACAGCCUCCAGAAACAGCUGCAGAAACUAAUGCUGAUCAACAGCCUGGCACACACGGAGUUGAAUGUGAAGCAGAGGUGGAGGAACCAGAGGCUAAUAAAUCAGAACCUGAAGAUGACGAGGAUGAGGUGGAGGAUCUGCCAAACAGGCGGCCCCGCUUGCAAGGGAUGAUUUACCGCAAGCCCAGCCAGACCAGCGUGUACCUGCAGGAGUGGGACAUCCCCUUUGAACAGAUUGAACUGGGGGAUCCCAUUGGCCAAGGGCGGUGGGGGAAGGUUUACAAGGGGAAGUGGCACGGGGAAGUGGCCAUCCGGCUGCUGGAGAUAGACGGGAACAACCAGGAUCAUCUCAAGCUCUUUAAGAAGGAGGUGAUGAACUACAGACAGACCCGGCAUGAGAACGUGGUACUCUUCAUGGGAGCAUGCAUGAACCCCCCUCAUCUAGCAAUCAUUACCAGCUUCUGCAAAGGAAGGACACUUCACUCGUUUGUGAGGGACCCCAAGAUAUCCCUGGACAUUAACAAAACCCGGCAGAUAGCACAGGAGAUCAUUAAGGGCAUGGGCUAUCUUCACGCGAAGGGCAUUGUGCACAAGGAUCUGAAAUCCAAGAAUGUUUUCUAUGACAAUGGGAAAGUUGUGAUCACUGACUUUGGAUUAUUUGGAAUUUCGGGUGUGGUUCAGGAAGGAAGGAGGGAGAACGAAUUGAAGCUGCCUCACGACUGGUUGUGUUACCUGGCCCCCGAGAUUGUUCGUGAGAUGGCCCCUGGGAAAGAUGAGGACAAGCUGCCUUUCUCCAAAGCUGCGGAUAUCUACGCCUUUGGGACUGUGUGGUAUGAGCUCCAAGCAAGAGAAUGGCCUUUCAAGACCCAGCCUGCCGAGGCGCUCAUCUGGCAGAUCGGGAGUGGCGAAGGGGUGAAGCAAGUCCUUGCCACAGUCAGCUUGGGGAAAGAAGUCAAUGAGAUUCUCUCGGCGUGCUGGUCCUUUGAUCCCGGCGAGAGGCCGAGCUUCACUGUCCUCAUGGAUAUGCUUGAAAAACUGCCAAAACUGAAUCGUCGGCUCUCCCACCCAGGGCACUUCUGGAAAUCUGCUGAGUGA